AAAAUAAAAAUAUCAUAAUUGUCACUAUUCAAUAUAAAGUAUAUAAAUGGGUCAUAAUUUUACUUGUAAAAGUUGUGAUUUAAAAAAAUUAAACAAUUUGAAAAAUACAUUUCUAUGUACAAAAUGAUAUUCUUCGUUUGUGCAAUUCUCUUGUUUGGGAAUGCAUUUUCCUACGAUAUUCAAGACAUGAAGGAUCUGUGGAAAAUGAAAAAUUCCCUCUUUUCAUCAUUCACCGAUUUUGAUGAAUUAGGAAAAAAUGUCAGUCAAGCUGAAUUAAAAAUUUCUUUUUUAAAUAAUUUCAGUAAUGCUUUUUAUAGGCAUACAAGUAUCGUGCUUAAUAACGUUAACAUGAGAUUAAAUGGAAAAAAUAACAAUAAAUGUUUAAUUAUUUAUGAGAACUUUGUAAAUUUGGGAAAUUCUUCUCUAGAACAAGCAAAAGAGUGUAAUGAAAUUGUUUUUGGAAAAUUCAAUUUCAAAAUUUCAAAAUUAGAAAAAGCUAAAGAGAGUUAUAAAUUUUUUGUGGAUAAUUUGAAUAUCACUAUUAAUAAUGUUGAAGAGACAAUCAAUAGUAACGAAGCCUUUAUUCUUGGAGUUGAAGGAUCUUAUCAAGAAAGGCGAAAAGCAUUUUUAGAUGUUUCCGACUACAUACUAAAUUCAUAUCUUAACGAAAGCAAAAAAUACGAAGUGGUUUAUAGUAAUAGUAGAUCGAUCAUUGAAAUAGUCGAAAGAAUGAUACCGGAUUUAAAUAAAUGCAAGGAAGUGCUGAAUGAGCAGGGAGAAAAAAUAUUCACGCCAGAUGUACAAAAGUGUGCUAAUACUGACUUAAAUGAUGAAGAUGAUUGAAAAAAAAAAAAAAAAUUUCCACAACAAAUAAAUAUCGAACAACAAAUACCGCCUACGACUGUAAAUUAAAAUAUACAAAUUAAGAUACAAUUAGAUAUACAAAAAUAAAUCAUUAAAAUGUUUUUUAAUUAUUAACAAAUAAAUAUUUAAAAAGAAA